UAUAGUUUCAAAUUGAGCUAUAACAGUUUUUAUAUUUUACAAUUUGAUUAGUUUUAGCUUUUGCAUCGGGAAGAUGUUUGAUGCCAAGCAUUUUUGCCAUUGCGCUUCAUUACGCAUGGGAUGUUUUAUUAUUGCAAUAAUCACAAUGUUCUUAAGCGUUGCAUUCACAAAAUUCAUUUUAGUUUUUUAUGGCAUAAAGUAUCCUGGCAAUAAAAAAGGAAGCAAAGACGAUCACACUUUUUUGCUACUGCAUCUGGUGCCCGAAAUUCCAGUACUGGGAUCCUCGCUUAUAUUAAUCAUUCACGAAAUAUAUGCCAAAUCAGUGCUAAUCUUAAUAUUUGUAACCAUUAAUGGCAUUCAUAUUAUUUAUAUAAUUGUAAUAUCUAUUGUAAGUUACCUAAUGGGCAAAAAUAUUGUUCUAAACUUUGCUGAGGUAUGGUUUCAUGUGUAUUGGUCGUUUUGCCUAAUCCGAAUCGCAACAACAAUCUAUUUUAUUUAUAUCGCCCUAUCUCGCUGGAAGCAAAUUAGGAAUUGAAAAUAAAAAUCUAUUUUUAACUGUCGAAAUCGGAAAAGCGCAAAUUGCAUUUUGCAUGGUAAAAA